AUGGCGACGGCGCGGCGAGGGGAGGGGGAGAAGAUGGCGGGCGCGGCGCGGAGGCUGAGGGGGGGGAGGGGGAAGAGGGCGGGCGGCGCCUGGUCUGCGGGGAAUACUGCAGUCGAGAUGGCUACAACCGGACUCUAUAAAAUGGGUGAUGGAAGCAAUUAUGCCACUAACUGCUUUCCUGCCAGAAACAUUUUGCACAACAGUAAAGAAGGGGCUGGGCGCUGGCUGCUGGCACCCAUAGCCACCCCACGGGCCUGGGCUGAGCCGGGAACCACCAGGGAGACAGCACAGCAGAGGAGAAAGCCCCCAUGUUCUGCCUCUGUGGAAGAAAAUAAUGAAGACAAUGUCCUGGAUGAGACAUUUCUGAUGAAGCACCACUGUUUGAAGAACCCUUCUGACCUGUGUGCCGUGAACAUAAGCAGCCAAAAUCUGGUCUCUGCUAAAGAAGAUGAUUUCGAGAAAUUUGAUUGUGUUGCUUUUAUAAAUGCUGCUGAGAACCUGCUGACGUUAGAGCCAUUUCGGAAGUUUCCGGGGCUGCGGGAACUGGAACUUUCCUUGAACGGCCUGAGAAAUCUGAAAAUCACUGCUGGAGACUUCCUGCAUUUAGAAGACCUGGAUCUCUCCUAUAACAACUUAUCCCCGGAGGAUAUUUGGGCGUUGGGGGAUUUGUCCCAGCUGAAGAUCCUUCGCUUGACGGCCAACGGGCUUCGGACCCUGCCUGCGGACCUGGCAGGCUCCUGGCACUCUGCUCAUUUAAGGUUUCCGUCUCUAGAGGUCUUGGUGCUGGAUGACAAUCAGCUGUCAGACCCGAGCGUCUUUGUGAGCCUCUCUAAUCUCUGCAGCCUGAGGGAACUGAAUCUGGACAGAAACAGGAUUUCAGCGGUCCCCUACCUGCACCAAGCAGAGAGCAGGCAGUUCUCCCUCCACCCCGCGCUGGACGACGGCACUUUUAGGGUGGAGUGGUACCAGUCCCUGAGCAGCCUCCGGCAGCAGCCCCAGCACGAGGGCACGGAGGUGCCAGAAGAGCUGGAAGCGAAGAAAGGGCAGCUUGAAUAUUCCGUGUUACAGAACAACGGGGAUCCAGCCGGGAGAGAGGUGCUGUUUGAUUCUGGCUUUCAGGGAUGUCCAGUGCCGGGUGUUUCCAGGGACGGGGGCCCAUCUGCCUCGAAGACUCUGCCUGCUCCCUCCGUGCGCAGAGACAUUUGUGCUCCCUUUCCUGAACUGCAGCGUCUCAGCCUGGCCUUCAACAAGAUUGUGGAUGAGACGGCCCUCUUACCCCUGGCUUUCUUCCCGCGGCUGAAGGAGCUGACGUUUCACAACAACCCCCUCACCGCCACCCGGAGCGGGCAGCCGCCUCUGCUGACCCGGCUCCUCCAGCAGAGGUUGGGGAUUAAGCUUGUUCGCCACAAGAGCCUGGCUGCGGGGCGGAGGCACUUCUCCAUCCCUCUCAAAGCCAGCCGCAAGGUCUCGUCGCAUCUCCCCAAGGUCAAGAAGGAGCCGCUGACGCUGGAAGCUCCUGCUGAAACCUUGUGGAGGCCGCUGCCAGCCGUGGAGGAGGCUACAAGAGGAGCUGGGCCUCCGAGUCCGCCCCGGCUGCUGCCUCCCCUCGGCCCCACGCCUGCGGCGCUGAGCAGGGACGCCGGCAGUGGCAGGCUGGGGGUGCUGGGGCACGGGGAACGCGGCUCCAGGCCUCCCAGCACGGCCCCGGAGGACGUUGAAGCCUUCUUCAUGACUCAGGUGGAGGAUGUGUCCGGGCCCCGGCGGCGACCCGUGGCGGAGGACAGGCUGGAGAAGAGGAGCGAGCAGGGCGAGGAAGGGAGCCCCCGGGCUGUUUCGGAGCGCUACGAGGGCUAUGAGGAGCUGCUCGGUGGGGACACUGACCCGGAUUUUAUCGAGCCAGUUGGGAUACAGAAGAACGUGCAGGCACUCUGCUACAUCCUGAAUCACCCCCUGGUUUACCGCGAUGCCAAGCCACGCCUGGAGAGCUUGCAGAAGCCCUACGUGCCUCGGAAAAAGCACGGGAGGAUGCCCGGCCCUCCCGCCCGCAAGACAAAAGGGGAGGCGCUGGAAGGGAUCCUGAUGGCCAUGAGAAACGCCUCGACCGUCACCAACGUCCCUUUGGCGUCUGCUUUGCAAAAGAGGAAAUCCAGCCCCAGGACGUACCGCGAGGCGCUGAGGCUGAUGGAGGAGCUCCAGGAGGUGUUUGAGAGCGGCGAGGAGCCGGCCCCGGGCAAGGCCAGGCUCUCGGACGAGGUGCCGGUGAUCAAAGCUCUGCUGGCGGAGGCAGCUUCCAAGCAGGGUAGCCCUGAGCAGUUGCAGCUGCGAGGAAAAAAAGUGGCCAAGGAGGUGCCCAAAGGGAAGGCUGCGGCGCAGCCAGUGCUUGAAUAAAGCACCCAGACCUUUGUCCUCUUGGAUAAAUUUGUUAUUUUUUUUAUAAAUUGGUUUGGAGCCGUUUUUCCCCUCUCGAGAUUGGAAAAUCGAGAGCGGGGAAAAGGUUCACCUGAGGCUCUCAGCCAGCAAAUUCCAGCUUAAGAGCACCAAACCAUCUCACCAAAACAUCUGAAAUGCUUUGAUGGUAGCACAUGAAAACUGUUUGCUCGCUGUCACGCUCUGCAGCUCCUGUAAAUAAGGCGUGUGCUCCCCGUCCCUGCACAAACCCGACCUGUACAAGAACUGCCGCGCUCCCUGGGCACUGCAGGGAGGUUUUGGCAGCAAUGAGCAGCGGCACGGUGCCCGCCCUGUCUGUGUCUGCCUGCUCUGAAUGUCACGGUGUCCCUCUUGUCACCAGAGCAAGGCUGGUCCCGGGGCUCUGCUUGCCGGACCUGAAUGUGCCUGAGGAGCUGAGCCCAAAAACAGUCAUUAAAAACCCAAAUCCAGCCCAAGAAGAGCUUCGCCAGUGCAACCAAGGGGUUGGGCAGGUAAUAGGAAUGAGAGAUGUGGAGGAUAAGCAGCACCCACUGCCUGCUUACCUACACGAAGAAUGUGUCAUUACACUCACCUUCACCCUUUUUUUUUCCCCCCAAAUAUUAAUCAACAGCCUCCCUGGGACAGGGCCACCCACAACCCGCUCAGAACAGACCGCGGGAGGACCGUGCUGGUUUCCCCGCGCAGCGACUUGAGCAGAAAGAGGCAGCUCACUGUCAGAACCUGGUUUUAUUCUGUUUUAACCUCUGCCUUUGUCCUGCAGUUUCGAGUCCUCGUUGCUGUUAAAAGGUACGCGCGAUUUGCACACAGCUGGCACAGUUCUGGUUUGUGACGAGCGUUCACAAGCAGGAUUUACUCUGUUCCGAAUAACAGAAGCCACAACAUGACGGACGCCUGCAUGUCAUUUUUACCCACACAUUUACACAUGCAAGUGAACGGUCUCCCAGUAACUUCCAUCGCUUUUAAAACAUUCGGGUGAAGCCACGGGGGUUCAGCUGAGACCCAAAACGACCGCAGUCUUUUACCGCACCGGUGCUCCCGAUGGCGAGCUGAGGAGAACACUAAAGCACAACGAUUUAAAGCGCAGGGGAGAAAAGUGUAGCAACAUCUAGCUUUGUUUUUCAACAGUUUGACAGUAAACACCGAGAAAACCAGGCAGACGCAACCCCCCCUUUGUCAGCAGUUGAAGAUUUCCCUCUUUGCAUAGUGAGUAGCUAAUUCUAGAGCCGUCUGACGCUUUGCCGUGCUUUAAAGGUAAGGGGAAAGAGAAAAGGUUUUACGAGCUUUGC